AUGGCAUCAUCAACGGUGAGGAUUAAUCUUGAUGGAAAACCGAUAAAUCCCCUAACAAUAUUGAUGAUCGGUGCCGGUGGUUUCAUCGGGUCCCACCUUUGUGAGAAGAUCUUGAACGAAACUCCACACAAGAUCUUGGCCCUUGAUGUUUACAAUGACAAGAUCAAGCACCUUCUCGAAUCGGAUAGUCUCAAAUGGGCUGGCCGGAUCCAGUUUUACCGUAUCAAUAUUAAGCACGAUUCUCGCCUUGAAGGCCUCAUCAAGAUGUCAGAUCUGACGAUUAAUCUGGCGGCGAUCUGUACUCCGGCGGAUUAUAAUACGCGUCCUUUGGAUACGAUUUAUAGCAACUUUAUUGACGCGCUGCCUGUGGUGAAGUACUGUUCAGAGAAUGCGAAGCGUCUGAUUCACUUCUCGACUUGUGAAGUGUAUGGAAAAACUAUCGGUAGUUUUCUUCCUAAAGAUAGUCCUCUUCGUCAGGAUCCUGCCUACUAUGUCCUCAAAGAAGACACCUCUCCCUGCAUCUUUGGUUCCAUUGAGAAGCAGAGGUGGUCCUAUGCAUGUGCAAAGCAAUUGAUUGAGAGGCUGAUCUAUGCUGAGGGUGCAGAGAAUGGGCUUGAGUUCACUAUUGUGAGGCCCUUCAACUGGAUUGGACCCAGAAUGGAUUUCAUUCCGGGUGUUGAUGGCCCAAGUGAGGGUGUUCCCAGGGUUCUGGCAUGCUUUAGCAAUGCUCUUCUACGUCGUGAGCAACUCAAGCUUGUGGAUGGUGGUGUAUCCCAGAGAACUUUUGUUUAUAUUAAGGAUGCCAUAGAGGCUGUUCUAUUGAUGAUUGAAAAUCCUGAUAGGGCCAAUGGUCAUAUUUUCAAUGUUGGCAACCCUAACAAUGAAGUCACUGUUAGGCAGCUUGCUGAAAUGAUGACAGAGGUCUACUCAAAAGUAAGUGGAGAACCUGCUCUGGAGCAACCCACAGUUGAUAUCAGCUCCAAAGAAUUCUAUGGUGAGGGAUAUGAUGAUAGUGACAAGAGAAUUCCAGACAUGACCAUAAUCAAUAAACAACUUGGUUGGAACCCCAAGACAUCUCUGUGGGACUUGCUUGAUUCAACCCUCACUUAUCAACACAAGACAUAUGCCGAGGCAAUCAAGAAGCGAGGUUUGCAUGUCCUUGCCCGCUAUCUUGUUACUGCAGGGAAGUGUUGUAUUAACUUCGUGAAGCGUGAUGCGGGUGCAUUUACAGAUCUCGAGCCUGAUAAUGUGGGCUUUAAGAUUUGCUAG